UUUUUGCCCAUAUCACUACUUUUCCCAUUUUUUUUUGUUUCCUCUUAAAAAAAAAAAAAGUUAGCUAGCACUUACCAACACCAAAAAUAUGGCCACUCUCUCUGAGGCCUACAGAGACAAUCCUCUCCUCCCCCACCACAUCAUCCCUCUAGACUUCUGGUCGGCCCGGUCGCUGCCGGAGUCUCACGUCUGGACUCAGCCCGAAAGCUUCUCCUCUGGCGAGUUUUCCGGCGAAUGGUUUUCCCUUCCAGUGGUUGACCUAACGGAUCCGGAUGCACCGGAGCUCAUGGGCCGGGCCUGCCAAUCGUGGGGCGCGUUCCAAUUGACGGGCCACGGCAUUCCGGUGAAGCUCAAAGAGGAGGUGGAGGCGGAGGCCCGGAGAUUGUUCGGGCUUCCGACCGAGCAGAAACUGAAGGCCCUGAGGUCCCCCGGUGGCGCCACCGGAUACGGUGCCGCUAGGAUAUCGCCGUUCUUUCAGAAGUACAUGUGGCAUGAAGGGUUCACCAUCAUGGGGUCUCCGGAGGAUCAUGCUAGGGAACUCUGGCCCCAUGGCUAUCAACGAUUUUGCGAAGUGAUGGAAACUUAUCAAAAACAAAUGAAGACUCUAGCCGAAAAACUACUCCCAACCAUUCUAAAGUCUUUAAACAUCCAUAACCAAGAACAACAAGUACUACUCAACUGGUUGAGUACAAACACCUCAUCAUCUUCAACAUCAAAGUCCAAAGAGAAUACGAUCACCAGUACUACUCCCUGCACCGCCCUGCAGCUGAACUCGUACCCGUCGUGCCCCGACCCGAACCGGGCGAUGGGGCUCGCCCCACACACCGACACCUUCCUCCUCACCAUCCUCCACCAGACACAAACCGACGCCGGAUUGCAAAUCCGCAAGGAAUUAGGAGGAGGAGGAGGAGGAGAAACCGCCGCGGUGUGGGUCCCGGUGCGGCCGGUGGCGGGGGCACUGGUGGUGAACGUGGGAGACCUUCUCCACAUAAUGUCGAACGGGCGGUUCCCGAGCGUUGUGCACCGGGCAGUGGUCAACCAGACCAGACAACGUUUGUCGUUCGCCUACUUCUAUGGCCCGCCAACGGAUUUUACUGUCUCACCUCUUUUGUCUGAUCAUAACAACAUGAUGAUCAUCAACAAAUCUGAUCAUCAUCAUAAUUUGAUGAUCAGUAGUAGUACUGCAAGAGGACAACGGCCACUUGAUGUACUUCCUCUGUAUCGUUCCGUCACCGUUAAAGAGUACGUUGGGAUAAAGGCCAAGAAUCUCGACAAAGCUCUUUCCUUGAUUCGGAUAAUUUGAUCAUUAUCAUAAUUGUCUAUUAAUGUCUUUACCAGCUAGUUUUUAAUUUUGACCAUAUUAGUACGUACUUAUCUUGUCUUGUAUUAAAGGCGAUUGAUCGUUGUCUGAUCAUAUAACAUGCGGCUCUUAAAAAAUUCACUUGUAAAUCGUUGAUUGGUUAAAGUAACAUCAUGUAGCUAGCUAGCUAGGAGUUAAGAUUUGUUGUGUAAAAUUCCUGUCUCAUUAAU